UCAGCAAUCCAUCCCUUCCUCUCUAGAACCCCAAAUCAAAAACCUAAAUUAAACUCCAACUCCUGCAAUCUCUCUCUCUCUCUCGGGCGGAGGAUCAGCUAUGGCGAGCGAGCAAGAGCCGGCGAAGGCGCUGCUGCCGUACCUCCAACGGGCCGACGAGUUGCAGAAACACGAACCUGUCGUCGCUUAUUAUUGUAGGCUGUAUGCGAUGGAUCGCGGUUUGAGGAUCCCGCAGGGCGAGCGGACUAAGACCACCAACGCCCUCCUCAAUUCCCUCAUAAAACAGCUCGAGAAGGACAAAAAAUCACUAACUCUGGGGCCAGAAGACAGCUUGCAUCUGGAGGGUUUUGCCUUGAAUGUGUUUGGGAAGGCAGACAAACAAGAUCGUGCUGGGCGCGCUGAUUUGAAUACUGCAAAAACAUUUUAUGCUGCUAGCAUAUUCUUUGAGAUUCUCAACCAAUUUGGUCCUCUUCAGCCAGAUCUUGAACAAAAACAGAAGUAUGCUGCAUGGAAGGCGGCAGAUAUAAGGAAAGCCUUGAAAGAAGGAAGGAAGCCAGUACCUGGGCCACCCUCUGGUGAUGAAGAACUCUUUAUGCCAUCAAGUGCACCGAGUGGUUCAUAUGACCUGGGGCCUAGUGACUCUGCUUUCUCCAAUGCUGGACCAGAAGUUGAUUCAUCACCUCAGGUCCAUGAGAAAUUGGACCACCAACACCAUCACUCUGCAGGCAUUCCUCCAUCUCAUGACUUUCAGCCACCUUCUCCUCCAAUCACAAAAGCUGCAAGUUCUACUUACUCAUCAUACCAUCCUCCAAACUAUCCUCAAGAAUCCUCGCACCCCCCUCCAAACUAUCCUCAAGAAUCCUCGCACCCCCCUCCAAACUAUCCUCAAGAAUCUUCACACCCUCCCCCAAACUAUGCACAAGAAUCCUCACAUGCGUCUCCGAAUCGCCCUUCAGAUGUGAAACAGCAUUUAUCACAUGGUUAUCCCUCAGAACAACUGCCACAGAUGCCGCAUAAUUACCCCUCAGAACAACUGCCACAGAUGCCACAUAAUUAUCCUUCAGAACCACAGCAGAAUAUUCCACACACUUACCUAUCAGAAUCACAACAACACAUACCAAAUAAUUAUCCUUCUCAGGAGACCCCUAUUUACUCAUAUCCCCAUUUCCAAUCCUAUCCGAGUUUCACGGAAAGUAACCUCUCAUCCGUCCCAUCUCAAUAUUCUUCAUACUACCAAGGCCACGAUGAGUCCUACCCUCCCCAGUCAGAUCAUCAAACCUCAAAAAAUUAUGCUUCAACCGCUCAGUAUGGGGCUGGCAGCCGAAAUGGAACUGCUCCAGAAGCUCCUCCUGCAGAAGCAUACAAAUAUGACAGUAACUACCAGCCGCCACCUGAAAAAAUCGCCGAGGCACACAAAGCUGCUAGGUUUGCUGUUGGGGCAUUAGCAUUUGAUGAUGUUUCCAUUGCAGUGGACUUCUUGCGAAAAUCUCUUGAACUGCUGACAAAUCCAUCGGUGGGUAAGUAAAAAAAUUAAUUGCUGAUGCUACGGUCUGCAUCCUGGAACUGCAUCCUGGAAGGCUUGAUUCGUGGAGGAAUGAGUAUUUGAAGGGAUAUAAAUUUCGUACGGUGUGAGAAUAUGGGGUGGGGACAUGAUGUGUAUCUAUAUUGCUAGCAGCCGUCUGAUUUCGUGCACCAAGUACGAAGGAUGCGAAAUACCAAAGGUUUUUGCCAGCGUUCACAUGGCUGUUCAUAUGGGUCUUAUUUAUUUAUUUUUUGGUUGGUUGCGGACGGUAAAGCCAUUAUUCAUUUGUUUUGGCACUUAUUAGAGCCAUGUGAAGCUGGUCUUGGGUCA